AUGGAUGGGAGGGAUGGCAGUAUUGGCCUAAGUCCCACAUUGCUCUCCCCGCUGCCUGGCCAGGGCUUGCGGGCACGCAACAUCAUCCAUGCCAAGAUCGAGGAGAACAUCCGUGCCAAGAUGGCCCGCAAGGAGCCUGAGGGUGGCUACAAGGAUGCGCUGCAGCUGCUGAUGGAGCACACACAGGGCAACGGGGAGCAGCUCAACAUGCAGGAGCUGAAGGAGUCUGCCACAGAGCUGCUGUUUGGGGGCCAUGAAACCACUGCUAGCGCUGCCACGUCGCUAAUUGCCUUCCUAGGGCUCCACCAUGAUGUCCUGCAGAAAGUGAGGAAAGAGCUGCAGGUGAAGGGGUUACUGUGCAGUCCCAACCAAGAGAAGCAGCUGGACAUGGAGGUCUUGGAGCAGCUGAAGUACACGGGCUGUGUCAUCAAAGAAACCCUCCGGUUGAGCCCUCCUGUUCCUGGAGGAUUUCGAAUUGCACUCAAGACCCUUGAGCUAAAUGGUUACCAGAUCCCUAAAGGUUGGAAUGUUAUUUACAGUAUCUGUGAUACCCACGAUGUGGCAGAUCUCUUUACCAACAAGGAUGAAUUUAACCCAGAUCGCUUCAUGUCUCCAUCUCCAGAGGAUUCUUCUAGGUUCAGUUUCAUUCCUUUUGGUGGGGGCUUGAGGAGCUGCGUGGGCAAAGAGUUUGCAAAAGUCGUUCUAAAAAUAUUUACAGUGGAGUUGGCUCGGAGCUGUGACUGGCAGCUGCUGAAUGGACCUCCUACAAUGAAAACGGGCCCCAUAGUGUACCCUGUGGACAAUCUGCCUACCAAAUUCAUAGGGUUCAGCGGCCAAAUCUGAGAGCUAAACGCUUGCCUCGGGCUGGAUUUCUAUAUAGCUUCUAAUAUGUACAUAGCAACUUUUUAUAGUAACAAAGGCCUUUAAAUAUUUAAACUUGUAAAUGUACAAUAGUUAUUUAUGUCUUCUAAAUAUUUCAAAAGGCUAUGAUAUUUUUUUCCCCAAGCACUACAAUUAUGGGUCUCUGAUUCAUAAUUAGAUAAUGUUAUUUCUAUAGAAAUAAGUUUUCCCCUAUUUAAAAAUCAUAUUGAAAGCUGGCCAGCUAAGCAUUUGAAGACAUUUCACGAUGGUGUAUGUAUUAAGAAAUAUUCUUAAAGGCAUUUGAAACAAUGGUAACUAGCUACUCAUCCAAAUUACCUAAAAUGGUUAUUGUUUGAGAAUGUUUUCAGUAUCAUUUGUGUCUAGAUCUUAUGUUUAAUGUGUGAAUUUUAAGUUUGAUAAUAAAGUUUAUUUUUGAUGA